GGAUUACUUUAUUCACAAGUUCAGAGCUAUGCUGGGCAAAAACAGAGUCAUCUUCCCCGGAGAGAAGGUGCUGCUGGCUGUAUCUGGAGGUCCUUCUUCCUGUUCGAUGCUCAGACAAGUUCAAGAGGGUCUGAGUCAGAAUGCUAACAAGAAGUUGCGGUUCUUGCCUGGUAUUGCCUACAUCGAUGAGGGUGCUGUGAUCGGUCAGUCAGUGGAUGAGAGACAGAGGACGGUGUCUGAGCUUCAGGCACUGUUUAAAGCUACCGGUUUCCCCUUCUACAUCCUGCCUCUGGAGCAGGUUCUGGACCUUCCCAGUUCAGUUGUGGCGACUGCUCCGUCACCCUCAGAGCGACCUGCCACAGCCUACAAAGCAGCCGUGGAUCACUUCGUUCAGAGCGAUGGCGCCAACUUGUUGACACAACCAGAGGAACUGGAGGAGAAACCUCUGCCUCUGGUUCAGGAGUCCCGGACACGUUUGCUGCAGCAGCUGAUUGGCUCUGUGAACACACUGACGGCCAGAGAAGAUCUGCUAAACAGAUUAAGGCAACAUCUGCUGGUGCACACAGCUCGCACUGAGGGCUACAGUAAACUGAUGCUGGGAGACAGCUGCACCAGACUGGCUGUUAAACUGCUCACCAGUAUAUCACUGGGCAGAGGAGCACAGCUGGCUCAGGACACAGGCUUCUUGGACUCCAGAUAUGGUGACAUAAUCUCAGUGAGACCAAUGAGGGACUACUCAGCCAAAGAAAUAGCUUACUACAACCAUAUAUUCAGUGUGCCUUCUGUUGUAAUACCAAGUCUGGACACUAAGAAAACUGACAAGGCCAGCAUCCAGCGUCUGACAGAGCACUUUGUCACUAAACUGCAGGCAGACUUCCCCUCGACAGUCAGCACCAUCUACAGGACCGGUGAGAAGCUGCAAAACGCAUGUAGAAAAUCCUCUGCAGGGGACCACUGUGACAGAUGUCUGCUGUGUAUGUGCACCCUGGACACUGCUGUGGAGAAGGCAUCGGCCUUCCAGGCCACACUGAUUUCAGAUCAGCUGUCCAGGACUAAAUCUAAAGGAGGCAGCAGUACUGAAAUCCCAAGACAAAGCCCAGGGAGGCCAGAAUCAGCUGCUCCCGCUGGACUGUGCUGUUCCUCUGCAGGAGGACUCGACUGUGGGAGGUCAGCACGUGGUGGAGGUUACUGUUCUUCCAAGGUACCAGAAACUACUGAUCUGAAGAGCCUGCUGUGUUACAGCUGCACACUGACUGUCAGAGACAUGUCCACAGUGAAGCACCUCCCUCAGUACAUCCUGUCAGAGGCUCAGAGGAGGCAGAGCAGGUCUCAAAUGAGAGAGGAGAUCGCUGAGUUCCUGCUGGAUGAUCAUGAUGAAGGAAAUUAGAAACAAGAGGAAAGUUUCGUCAAAGACGAUGUCAACUCAGCCUGCAGGAAGUAGAUGGUUUUCAUAUGUUUAACAAUGAAAUCCAUGGAGGGUUUUUGCAAAUGUAGCGAUUCAUUAUCUGUCUGUCUGUCCUUAGUCUAUGUGGGGCCAAAGGUAACACACAGACAGGCCUUCAGAAUGUAUUUGAUCACUUUUUUGGAAUUGAUCAUGGAAGCAGCCCUGCAGUCUGAUGAGGACUGAGAUGGACAGAUCUUUAGAGGGUUGUUUUUGUUGUUUUAUGCAUGCUUCCAGAAAUAGACCACAGUUCAGUGAUUUGUUAGUCAUAUUCAGAGUUGUAUUACAACCAGAAAACAUUAAUAUAAAAUUGUUAUACACAGCACUCUACUUUUAAGUUUGCCCAUGAACUUCUGUUUUUUUUUUUAUGUGUUUGUAAAUGAAGAAACUUCAAAGUUGACACUAUGUCUUUAUUUCCAUUUGUAGUACUGUGCCCUUAAUAAACCUUCAAAUUUCA